AUGCAUGGCAAGCGCAAUCUCCGAACAUCAGGGAUAAAAUUGAAACCUGUCGGUCGAAGUUGGAGGAAUGGAGUAGGGGGAACCUUCCCACGCUUCGCUGACCAGAAAAAGAAAAUUCGCAAGGCAUUAAGGGCCCUGGAGAGAAGAGAAAAGACGGAUCUGGUGCUAACUCAGAUUCGGCAGUUAGAUGGGGAGUUGGCCAAGGUCGAAGAAAAUGAGGAGAUAAAGUGGCAGCAGAGGUCGAGGGCCGAGUGGUUGAAGGAGGGCGAUCAAAAUACGAACUUCUUCCACAAGAAAUAUGAUUCAGAAACUUAA